GAAUUUGUGACUUUAGAAGAAUUCAUUGAGGGAAACUUUAGUAAAUACAUCAAUAAUGAUGGGGCUGUAUGUAAUGAUAAUGAUCAAGAUGUGAUUGAUAAAGCUGAGUGUCUGGUAUACUAUUCCUACUUAAAAUCAGAUAAAGAACUUGCUAUUGUCGACAUUCAGGGCUGUGGCUACUAUUUAUGUGAUCCUGAAAUAGCUUCAAAAACAGCUUUUCUUAAAGAUGAACUUUUGUUUACAACAGGCAAUCUUUCUGAAAGUGCAAUAAACAACUUCUUGGAUGCACACAUAUGUAAAAAAUUUUGUCAAAUACUUGAUCUU